AUGUCAUUUGACAUGGGCUCCAAGCGGGCCUACAAUUGGUUCAUCUCGCUCGUGGCGGCAGCAUGCAUGGUGCUGUACGGCUACGAUGCAUCCGUUUUCAACUCGGUUCAGGGAUCAGACAACUGGAUGGCCUACUUCAAUCAGCCGAACGCGGCGACAAUCGGUUCCAUUAACACCGCAUACACCGUUGGCGCCAUCUUCGGUGGAUUCUUCGUUGGAGGACCGGUGGCAGACUACCUUGGUCGCAAGGUCGGAAUGGCCACUGGCUGUGUCCUGGUUAUUGCCGCGACAUUCAUGCAGACAUUCGCUCCCCGCCACAGCCUUGCUUGCUUCCUUGCGGGCAGAUGCAUCAUCGGUAUUGGUCAGGGUAUUGCCUUGACCGCAGGACCCAUCUACAUCGGGGAGCUGGCUCCGCCAGAGAUCCGAGGCAAGAUCAUGACGUUCUGGCAGAUGUUCUAUUCUGUUGGAUCUUUCAUAUGCUUCUGGAUCAACUACGCUUGCACCAAGCACGUUGAAAGGCUGGGUGAAUGGGACUGGAAGUUGGUCGUCAUCUUCCAGCUCUUGGUCCCCAUUUUGAUCGUCGCACUUCUCCCAACCAUGCCGGGUAGUCCUCGUUGGUUCAUUAAACGUGGAAACAAUAUCGAAAAGGCACGCUCCGCUCUUCGAAGAGUGCGAGAGAGUGAAGAGGAAGUGGAGGAUGAAAUCCUUCAGAUCCGCGAGGCCAUCGAGUACGAAAAAGAGGCUAUCUCGGGCAACUACAGCGCCCUGUGGAAGGACAAGUCUCUCCGCAAGCGCAUGUUACUGGCACUCGUCAUCAACGCUGGCCAACAACUUACUGGACAAGGCUCACUAAACUCGUACUCCACCAAGAUUUACAAGAAGGUGUUUAGCAGCGAUAGCCAAAUUGCCCUGAUCAACGCCCUCAAUGCUACUUUCGGUAUCCUCUUCACCCUGAACGCCGUGUGGAUCGUUGAUAGAUUUGGACGGAAGUUCCUACUGAUCGUUGGUGGUAUCGGCAUGGGUAUUUGCAUGAUAAUUGUCUCCGCCGUCGAAACCGAAACACCAAAUUUGGCCGAUGGCGCUAAGUCGAUGCCGGUCGGCAUAUCGACUGUUUUCCUUCUAUUCCUAUUCAUCUUCUUCUAUAAACCAUCAUGGGGUGCAACUGUCUGGAUUUGGACAUCCGAGGUCUUUUCCAUGAACGUCCGCGCACAAGCAGUCGGCAUGGCGUCGCAGACCCAGAAUGUUGCCAACACCAUCUUCCAGCAGUUCUUCCCCAUCUUUCUCGACAACGACGGCUUCUAUGCUUUCUACAUGUUUGCUGGAAUCAACUUCUUGCUCGCCGUGUUCGUCUACUUCUUCAUUCCGGAGACCAAGCAGGUUCCGCUUGAGGAGAUCGAUGCUCUGUUUGGUGGCGCCAACCACGUUGUGCAGGGUGAGGAAGUGCUGGCGCACCAAAAAGGAAUGCAGAUUUCAAGUGAAGUCCGUGAAGUAAAUGACAAGCCUGAUGCUGUCACUAUUGAGAACGUCAGCACUCGGUAA